AUGCGCAGUAUAACCGCAUCACGAUCAGAACCAAAUCUGUCAAAUAAGAAGAAAUCGACGAGACUUGUUACUGCAAAACGCGAUUUGAGCCAAGGGAAAAAGGCAGCGGAGAAAAUAGAAAAACUUGAGAAGAUUCCAGUUAUUAUAAAAGAAGGUGGAAGCGACGAAAGUGAUAAAGACGAUUCAAAGGAUUUCUUGAAGAGUGAUCUCGCAAUAAAAUUCAAAUAUUACGAUCCACUUUGGUUUAGGAUACCAAGCAAUAUGACCAGUUCGCACGUACGAAAUGAAAUUUGCUCGGUAACAGGCUUCGAGAGAGCUGCAUUCUCUUUCAAUAAGACCAUCGUGCUGUUGGAAAAUGGAAAAAUGCGGCACAUCAAUAUGGCCGAGGACAUUCCUAGACUCGAUUUUCUUCCAAUUUCUGGACGAACCACAUGCUUUUCGAUUUCCAGCGACUUCACAUUAUUCGCUGUCGCCACUGAAGAACAAAACAAUUCGAAAAUCGUUGUGUACACGCCUGAGAUCAGCAUGACUGAGGAGAAAUGCGUUUAUGGAACUCAGUAUCUCCCAACUGAGCUAUGCAUAUCACAAGGAGCUGAGAUCAUUGCUUGCCUUACCCCUUUGGAUGAACGCAUUUUUGUGCAAACUUUUGACGUCAAGGAUGGAAUAAAUAAUUGCUCCGGCCAAAUUCUUACCGAGAAAAACGUGAAAUUGUGGGAAAUGUCGUUUUGUCCGGCCGAUGAGGGGGUGAUAUGUGCUCUUGGCGGCACAAUGGCUUACAUGCUACGAGCUUCUGGUGGAUACGUUGAGAAUUUCUCAACAAUCCAGCUAACUGAUGUCACGUGCCAUGAAUGGUCAAACGAUGUCAACAUUAUGUUUGGCACAAAGGAUGGAACUUUGAGCGUAUACCGAGAGACGAUUUUGUUGGAAAUUGUCAAUAUCAAAAAUUUGUCACAAGAAGUGUUAAAAGACGCUGCAAUAUUUCAUGUUGUCUGCCUCAGAAGUACAACUCGAAGAUUUGCGUGCCAAUUAGCUUCUGGAAUUGUUCUUGUGUUCGAUUCGGCGGCGGAAAGCGGCCCAAUAUGGUCAACGAGCCGAGCGAUCAUCCUGCCAGAUUUUGUGCAUCACCGAAGCCAUUGCCUAUCAUUUGAUUUUGGCGAUGAAACGUUGCUCUAUGAUAAUGGAAGAUGCUUAAUGACAGUUCCAAUUAGAUUUCUUACACGCAUUAAUGCCAUAAAUGGAGAUGUCGUGACAGUUCGCCACUGUAGCAAAGUUGUAUGCGUCAAAUCCAAUGAGCACUGUAUUGCUUCCCUAGAUGCGUCCGGUUUUUUUAUAAUUACAUCUAAAAAUACAAAGAGGGUUUUAUGCUAUUCUCAAAUUGACGACGCAUUUUUCUUUACAAUUCUCAAAAAAUCACAACAUUUACUGAUUGCUUCGAAAAAUUGUUUGGAGAAAAGAAUAAUCACACUAGACGGUUUGAUACCAUUUGAAAAAUUCAUGAAGAAUGAUAUUCUAUUUGAUAUCAAGAACCUAAUAUUCUCCCUUGACAACAAAUACUUGAUGUUUCUCACGAAAAAUGAUCAUGUCUAUUGCUUGGAUAUUUCGACCGGAAAAACGCUGUGGAGUGUGGAUUAUAAGCUGCAUUUUUUCACUUCAAUAGCUUUUUGCAACUCGACGCUUCUUCUAAUGAACCAGAAAUUCAUUGUAACUCGAAUCAAAUAUGGCAAGGAUUUGAGCAAUGUUAAUAUGCACGCGUCGGAUAUCGGAUUUUCAAUAACAUCGGAGUUAAUUGAAGCCAAUGAGGAUUAUGUUUUCGUGUCGGCAGAUUGCGGAGAGUUGCUAUGCUCCUUAUCGUCUGCCCUCGAUGAGCCGAAAGUUGUGAAAUCGAUGAUUCGAGGACAGCGAAUCACACAUCUCCGGGCAUUCAAUAAUGAGCUUCUCAUUGGUUAUGAAAAUGGCUCUGUCGCGUUUCUGAAACUUAAAGAAGCCGAGGAACCUGAAAAUGAUGUUGACUUGAUACUGUGCAAGUUUGAAGGAGUUGUCAACUUGAAAUCCCUUUUACGUGAUAUUGAUACUGAAAGAAACUUGAUUCGCGAAUCCACUGAGCAAUUUGUGAAAAUGUAUACGGAAAAUAAGGAAAAGGAGAUGCAAGAGGCAAAAUCAGCAUUUGAAGAGGCAAUGAGAAUAUAUACCGAACGAGUAAAGAGCAUUGAGCACGAAUUCCAAGAAUCGGAGUCCAUCAAACAUCAAACGAUAGCUAGCUUAAAAGAAUUAUACGCGGAGGAAAAUCGGCAACAGAAGGAGAAAUACGAAAAAAUGAUUGAAGAUCAAAUAAGGAAAUCAUUUCGGCAGAUGGAGGAAAAACAGGAGGAAUUGAAACGUGUGAUUGCGGCGUUGGAAUUGAAGCUGGACAUGGAAAAAGAGAAAUUGGAAGCGGCGAAGGAGAAGCAUAAUGAAGCGCUUCAGAAAUUGCGAGAAAGCCAUCGUGAGGAUGCUGGGCUUCUUGAAGAAGAGAUCUGGAACCUUAAAGCAACUUGUGUACAAUUGAACGAGCAACGCGACCGAAUAAGCGAUGAAAAUGAAAAAAAUAUAUCGGAGUUGAAAAUUUCAAAGCAGCAAAUUGAGCAUUUAAGAGACACCAACGUCAAACAGGAAAAUGCAAUUAAUAAGCUAUCGGAUGCAAUAACUCUGAUGAAAACAAAAGAGGUUGAGGUUAAGAAAUCUCAAGCGAAGGUUCAGCAGAAGCUUGUAGUCCGAGAGAAACAAUGUGAAGAUGCAUUAGCACAGAACCAUCGACUGAAACGGCGAAUGCAGGAUAUGGAGGCUCGCAUCGAGCAGCUGGCUGAUUGUGUGUACGAGCCGCGUAGAUUGGAGCACGCUGUGCUCAGAUUAUUGGCGAUGUCUCAAAACGUCGACAUUGAUGAGCGCUAUCGGCGACCGCUUUGA